UCUCUUCCAUCACUGAGUAAAGUGUCCACUCAUAAUCGCAGUCUACAAGGCACAAAUCCGCAGUCUCGUGGUGACUCAUCACUAGAACUUGAAGCGAUCGCAGCAGUUCACGAACUCUCAUUUGCUGUUCAAUCAAUAUCAGUUUCGGAGAUGUUACCGCGUACACCUGAACUCAUUUUCGUGAAUGUUACAACUAUUGAAGAUCUUCUACCAUCUUUGCUGUGUCAAAAAUUAUGCGGUCGAUUUCAGGCAGGAGAAGAUUGUGAUUUUGUGGCCCCAGCCAGCUCGUACGCAAAUACACCGCUGCUCGGUGAUAGUCCUUUACAUUUCCACGCGCAUAGUCUCAGUCCGUUCUCGUCAAGCACAUCUUCAUGUACAGCACCAGGUACUUCUUGA